UGGGUCAGAUUUUCAGUGGUAUGAAGUUCCUAAUGUCUAUGGAUUUCAGUAGCAAUUAGUUGCUGAAAAUCUUAGCAGUUGGGUGUUUAGAUCUGAUAAAUUGAAAAAAAUAUGAUUUACAUUGCUGUUUGUAGUAACUCACAUAUUUAUCCCAUAAAUGAAGAAAUAAGUUUUUAGUAUAUCUUUUUAAAAGAAAUAAUUUAGUUCAAUUAGUGAAAACAACCGGAGAGAAAACUCCAUACAAAUUAAAUAGCAAUAUUAACAUUUUAGAUUAAUUCACUAAAGAUUAGUUCAUUGUUACUGUUGAACUGGAUGUCAUACCCCUACAAUUCUUCUAGAAACAGAGCUCUGUAUAUAAGAGAUGCACUGGGCAGGAAGGGAGAAUAGGGAAGAAAAAACAUAGGCACAGGCUGCAAAAUGAGCACUUUGCUGAGCUGUGCAGUGAAAGACCCUUGAGUCUCACUGUUUGCCUAUCUUGCAAAAAGUGACACAUGGUUCUGCCAAGCUGUCCUGCAAUGUAGUGUCAAGUAUGAGACCUGCAAUCCUUGCAUCUAAAUGUAAGGAGGAAGUCGUAAAUUCUGCAUCUGAAGAACCUACCCUAAAGCAAUUGCAUUCCUAUUUUCACAAAUGCUUGAAUCUGUCUUUUUCGAUUGCCCUGUUGGUGCAAGAGGGCUUAAAUUCAUGAUAAAAAGAAAAGGAUUUAGGCCGCCUAAAUGUCCUAAAAGACUGAUGAUUAAUAUUCCUAGAGGUUAGUCAAGCUUGCCAACUAUAUACUACCUUCUUUAAAAUUUCUCCAGGGGAGUUUUCUUUAAUGAGCUGUAGAGUUUGUCCUCUCUACUGCUGAUUUUAAAUGGGUAAACUGAGCAAAUGGCUGAGAAAAAAACCCCAUCAGUGCUUUGGAAAAUGCCACAGCCCUAGGCCAGAAGAUCAGCAAUGUAUAUGUGAGCCAGAAAUGAGUAUCAUUAGGCAAAAAUAAAACUGAUGUCAACCUGUGAUUGAAGACUUCCCAAUAAAGAAAAAUCAAGGUAUUACAGUGCUUUUCUUGACAUAUAAAUAUUGUCACCUUUUGUCUGGGUUACAGAGAAAAGCAAUAUGUGGUUAGAUUUUUGCUCACAGAGGCUGUGAAUUUGUCCCUUAUCCCACUGUUGUGUGAUAAAUACAUGUGUAGAGUCAGAUGUUUCCUUUAACUUUGGUAUAUCCUAGCACACAGAGAAUAGCCCCUACACAAGAAGUUGCUUUUUUCAUGGGAGUUAGCUAUUACAAGGUGAAUCUUGGUGUUGCCAAGCUGCUUUCCAGAAGAACCAAACCUAGCUGGCAGGUAUUGACCUGCCCUCAGUAGCAUCAAAUAGCUCCUUUUUAACCACUAGAAGUGUCUGGUGAUCAUCUUCUCCAGCAGCAAAAAAUUGUCUCUAUCUUUUCUGCCACAAAGGGUAGAAACAAGUCAAGUACAACAGUUCUUUCAGUAGUGUCAGGACCAUUGCCUGGCAGUACUUUGUACAUAACGUUCCCAGGCCAGCAGGAGUUUAGCUUCCAGUUUCACUGUUCCCUCUACUUAAGGAAAAGAUGAACUGCUUGCACCAGGAGUCAGCCCACACACAGAGCCCGCCCCAGGAACAUGCCUGGCUUUGGCACAAGCUGCACAGAUGACUGACACCAUCUCACUAAUGCCCCCCUCUCAUUUUCCCUCUCUCUUUGCCUGUCGUUAUUUUUAGAUUUCACAGUUAAAGCUUGUCCCUUCUGGACACUUACAGGCACAGGACAGCACACACACACGCUGUAGAUACAACUCAGAUACAGGAGCAGGCCAACUGAUCUUGCCCCACAUCAAGCAACAAAUUCCAAUUUUUAAUGACAAAAUACUGUCCUUUAAGAGGAUGCAAAACCACAUGGAAUUUUCUGGCUUGCAAAUUUGACUAGAAGGCUUUCAACAGACAGAAAAGACGGUUUGCACAGCAACUUCCUCUUCUCUGAAAUUUCCUUCCAGUUUGCAAGAUCCUGCUGUCUUUCAGCAUUCGCUGUCAGCCUGACUCCCAUGCCGACCGCCAUAAAUGCAGCGGUGGCUCAGCAAACGGCUGCUGGCUCAGUCCCCAGCACCACUGCUGGCACUACGGAGGGGGCAGGAGGGGGCACAGGGGGCAUUUAUUCUGCCAUUAUAAGUCGCAAUCAGCCCAUUAUCCACAUAAAGGAGAAGACCUAUGAAGAGCUUCACAAGAAGUGCCUGGAGAAAAACAUUCUCUAUGAAGAUCCUGAUUUCCCACCAAAUGAGUCAUCCCUUUUCUACAGCCAGAAAAGCCCCGUCAAGUUCGAGUGGAAAAGGCCACGUGAAAUCUGUGAGAAUCCACGGUUUAUUAUUGGUGGAGCCAACAGAACAGAUAUCUGCCAAGGAGAAUUAGGAAACUGCUGGUUUCUGGCUGCCAUUGCUUGCCUGACACUGAAUAAAAAACUACUCUGUAGAGUCAUACCUCACGACCAGUCCUUUAUACAAAACUAUGCUGGUAUCUUUCACUUCCAGUUCUGGCGCUAUGGAGACUGGGUGGAUGUCGUCAUCGAUGACUGCUUACCCACCUACAACAACCAGCUGGUCUUUACCAAGUCCUCCCAGCGCAACGAGUUCUGGAGCGCCCUCCUGGAAAAGGCCUAUGCAAAACUGCAUGGGUCAUAUGAAGCUUUGAAGGGAGGCAACACCACUGAAGCCAUGGAGGAUUUCACCGGAGGAGUCACAGAGUUCUAUGAGAUAAAGGAUGCCCCUAAAGAUAUCUAUAAAAUCAUGAAACAUGCCAUUGACAGAGGAUCCCUCAUGGCCAGUUCCAUUGAUGAUGACCUAGGCUUUUCCUAUGGAUCAGCUCCUCGGAGCAACAUUGGGGAACUGAUUGCUCGCAUGGUGAAGAAUCAAGAAAAUGCACAGAUGACUCAGUCCACUGUGGACUACCAGGGGAUGGAGGAGAGGCCAGCCUGGACCAUAGUGCCGAUGCAGUACGAGACACGGAUGUCCUGCGGGCUGGUCAAAGGGCACGCCUACUCCGUGACGGCCGUGGAAGAGACAGUAUUUAAAGGGGAAAGAAUACGCCUGGUAAGGCUGAGAAACCCCUGGGGCCAGGUGGAAUGGAAUGGAGCCUGGAGUGACAAGUCAGAGGAGUGGGAGUCUGUUAAUGAAGCAGAGAAAAUCCGCCUGCAGCACAAGGUCGUGGAGGAUGGGGAGUUCUGGAUAUCAUUUCAAGAUUUCAUGAGGCACUUCACAAAGCUUGAGAUCUGUAACCUCACACCUGAUGCUCUGGAAGUGGAUAAAUUCCAGACCUGGACCGUGUCAGUCAAUGAAGGCCGCUGGGUGAGAGGCUGCUCAGCUGGAGGUUGCCGCAAUUUUCCAGAUACAUUUUGGACCAAUCCCCAGUAUCGCUUGAAGCUCCUGGAGGAAGAUGAUGAUCCUGAGGAUGAAGAGGUUAUCUGCAGCUUCCUUGUCGCACUGAUGCAGAAAAACAGGAGGAAAGAGCGCAAGCUGGGAGCCAACCUGUACACCAUUGGCUUUGCCAUCUAUGAGGUGCCCAAAGAGAUGCAUGGUACUAAGCACCACUUGCAGAAGGAUUUUUUCCUCUACAAUGCCUCCAAAGCUAGAAGUAAGACCUACAUAAACAUGCGGGAAAUCUCCGAGCGCUUCCGGUUACCUCCCAGCGAGUACGUCAUCAUCCCAUCGACAUAUGACCCCCACCAGGAGGGAGAGUUCAUCCUCAGGGUCUUCUCAGAGAAAAGAAGUCUUUCAGAGGAGGUUGAAAACAUGAUUGAGGCAGAACGUCCAUUGCCUAUCAUCUUCGUUUCUGACAGAGCAAACAGCAAUAAGGAGCUGACAGCAGAUGAAAAUGCUGGCAAAGAUGGUGAAAAAACCCACGCAGAUGAGAAAAAGCGUUCUUCAACAAAAGCUCAUGAGGAGAGUGAAGAGCAAAAGCAGUUCAGGAAUAUUUUCCGUCAGAUUGCAGGGGAUGACAUGGAGAUCAAUGCUGAGGAACUUAGAAAUGUUCUCAAUAAUGUCGUAAAAAAACAUAAGGACUUAAGGUCAGAAGGGUUUGAAUUGGAAUCCUGCCGCAGCAUGAUUGCUUUAAUGGAUACAGAUGGCUCAGGGAAGAUAAACUUUGAUGAAUUUCGACAUCUCUGGGACAAGAUUAAAAGCUGGCAGAAAAUUUUCAAGCGCUAUGACACGGAUCAUUCAGGAACCAUUAACAGCUACGAGAUGCGCAACGCAGUCAACGAUGCAGGGUUUCGGCUGAACAACCAGCUCUACGACAUCAUCACCAUGCGCUACGCCGACAAGAACAUGAACAUCGACUUUGACAGCUUCAUCUGCUGCUUCGUGCGCCUGGACGCCAUGUUCCGGGCAUUCCAUGCCUUUGACAAAGAUGGAGACGGCAUCAUUAAGCUCAAUGUCCUGGAGUGGCUGCAGCUCACGCUGUAUGCGUGACACCGAAGCCAGCGGCCACCUCCAUCAAGAACACACUGAAGAUUCCAAGGAGCUAGCACCAUUCAUCCCAAGGGCAAACAGAAGCAAUUCCUAAUUAUGUCAUUCACUCCUCAAGAUGAACAGCACAUGGGAAGAAGCCCUUGGAAAAAAUGACAACCAAACUCUAGUGGACAGGACAGUGUGCAUAUUAUGUAACUACUUUUAUAGCAUCCUGACAUUUUUCCUUUGGGCAACAAGGACUAAUUUAUUGAUGAUUGAAUUAAGCUUUCUCUGCAUGGUGAAGACAUGAGGAAUACAAAAUUGUUCUGCUUGUGCUGACAUUUGGAAAAGUUUUUCCUCACAUCAGGUGAAACUGGGACUGUAUCUAACUGUGAAAGUCAGAGGUGUUUACUGCUACCUUGUAAUUGGUCAUUAAUUCUUUGUCCUGCUCUUGGUAUUAUCCUUUCAUCUCUUUGUAAUGUUUACUGAAUAAUUCACAUGAGACUGUGCUAAUUACAUUAAUAUUAUGCAACCCAGUGACCCAAUAUAAGUCUGUAUUUACAGAUUUGGCUGUGCAGGUUGGAUCUCUGUUAUGUAGGAAUGGGAAAGUAAGGCACAACAGACUGCAAUACCAGAGCACAGCUUGAUCUAAUGCCUCAGCAGAAGUACCAGAACUGAGCAAUUGGCUCUCAUUUUUAGUACCCAUCCUGAUUACAAAUGUGGACAUUUUAGUGUUUUUCAUUGUAACUGCAUUCCCCAUAAUAUUGAGAAACUUAUUUGCCAUUUCAGGCAGACAACCUCUUAUACAUACAAAUUUAUAUAUCUACACACAUGUAUUUCCCCCACCUCAGGUCCUAAUUUUCCAACACUAGCAUGCAUUUCUUUAUUGCAAGAGGUGACUUGUAGCAGAAUCUAUGUCACCGUGACCACUUUUGGAAUAUUAUUCCAAUGGACAAGUACAAUUAGUUUAAUGGAAGCAAAAAUAAAAUCAACUGGAUUUUG